AUUGAAUUAUUGGUACUAUAUCUAAGACAUUUCAAAAUUAGUAGUGAUAAAAUAAUUUAAGUGAUAAGAAAAUGAAAAAAAUGUUCUGACGGACAUAUUUUCAAUGCUUAAAAUAAUUAAAUUAUUAUAAAUUAAGAAAAAAAUUUAAAGAACUUCAACUUAGACUUUUCAAUACUUUUGUUUUAUUGUUUUUGUUUUACUGCCUGCCGGAAGUUAAGGGAAGGUGUGAGGUGUUGGUUAUCAAUAAUGUCUGCAACACUACGGCCCUAUCUUACAGCUGUAAGGCAUACAUUGAAUGCUGCUAUGUGCUUAGAAAAUUUUUCUUCACAAGUAGUGGAACGUCACAAUAAACCAGAGGUUGAAGUGAGGAGUGGAAAAGAACUACUAUUGACUCCAGUGGUGAUUAGCCGAAAUGAGAAAGAAAAAGUGCUGAUUGAAGGUUCCAUCAACUCUUUACGCAUCAGUAUAGCUGUCAAGCAAGCUGAUGAAAUUGAGAAAAUAUUGUGUCAUAAAUUCAUGAGGUUCAUGAUGAUGCGAGCUGAAAAUUUUGUUGUUCUGAGGCGUAAACCUGUGGAGGGAUAUGAUAUAUCAUUCCUCAUCACAAAUUUCCACACAGAACAGAUGUACAAGCAUAAAUUAGUGGAUUUUGUAAUUCAUUUUAUGGAAGAAAUUGAUAAAGAAAUUAGUGAAAUGAAACUAGCCCUGAAUGCUCGUGCUAGGAUAUGUGCAGAAGAAUUUUUAAAACGAUUUUAAUCCUAUCAUGUUGCGGUACUACUUUUACUAUUUUUCCAUUCUACAACGACAAUAGCAUCUGUUGAUCAUUUAUGAACUGUCUUUAUUUCUAAAAAAAGUAAUUUUAACAAAAUAAAAAUCUUGAUUUAUAGCAAUUUCUGCUUUAAGAACUUAAAAUAGUUUAUGAAUUAUAAUUUUUUUAAUGUUAUUUUUAUUUCAACUAGUAAAAUUUAAGUGCCAAAAUUUGAAUUCCUGAGUGGUUUGUUAAAAUACUUAAGAGUUUCAUGCUCUAAAAUCUGUAUAACAUCGGUAUUUAAAUAUGAAUAUUUGAUUUUGUCUUGUAAUUUUUGUUUGUUAUUAGCUUAUAAGCUGUCAUUGUGUUUAUGUAUCUAUAGUUUAUAAUUGAUUUUCAAAAUAAAUUAAUUUUGAUAUACCAUGUUA